UGUGUGUGUGUGUGUGUGUGUGUGUGUGUGUGUGUGUGUGUGUGUGUGUGUGUGUGUGUGUGUGUGUGUGUGUGUGUAUGUGUGUGUAUUUUUUCCAUUAAUUUAUUCAUUAAAAAAACUGUUAUUUUAUACUUUUGACAUGCAUCUUUCCCAGAAUUAAAACAAAUGACUUCCACGCUUCGAUCAAGACUGUUUGUUACUAAAAGUCUUUGUUAUUGUCGACGGAAUUUAUCGAUGCAAAAGGAUGACGAAGAUCGGCUCGAACAUGUAAAAGAAUCUUCAAUCGAUGAUUUAACGGAACCAACUAAUUGCUGCAUGUCAGGAUGCACGAAUUGCGUAUGGAUCAAGUAUGCGGAGAAAUUAAGCAACAUGAUGGAAAAAUCCAACAUAGAUCUGCAAAAAGCUAUUUUUGAGAAGGUGCAAGAUCCUAAUAUGAGAGCGUUCCUGGCAAUGGAACUGAGGUGUCGAAAGCUGAUAAAAUAGCACGAAUGCAUCAUUAUAAAAUAUCAGUGUGAGAAAGAAUAAAUCUGGAAUAGAAAAUUCACAUGGCACUUGAGAGCAUUAAGCUAAAGAAUUCACAAAUAAAAAGUAUUGCAAUUGCUAAACGGUAUCUUCUAUACAGAUUGUAAAUAGGAUUCUACAGAGAAACAAUGAAUACUUGGACAGUAUGCAUACCCAAAACCAGGAUAUAAAGUAUAUUAAAGAUAUUAUUAAUACAUCUUUUAGACACUAUGUUGAAAGAUAUCUUAGACCAGUCUUUAUAGUUGAUACUUAUAUUUAAGACUACAUUAUAAUGUAGUAAAUACUACAUUAAGUACUACAGUCUUAAGUACUAUGUUAAGAUGUCAAAUUAAUCACAAAAUCUUACCAGCAUUUAAAAAUGUCUAAAACUUGAAAUAACCAUAUAGCUCGAAACAACAUUGUAGCAAGAUUUCAAUAUUGAAGAAACUUAAAAAAAUGUUACUAUAACAUUAUUAGAAUAUUCUAUGUUGCAUGAAUUGAAUUCUGACUUGAGACAUCUUAAACCUAUACCUGUACUAAAUUACUCAUAGAAAAUUAGAGAUUGAAGAUUGUGAAUUGGAGAAUAGAAUCCAAUCAAUUAAAAUAAAACAAAUUAAAAUUAUUUGAUUAGUUUAAUUCUAAUUUUUUUAUUCACAACUCUUAAUUUUCAAUGUAAUCUGCAGUUGCAUUUAGAUAAUUUUAAAUUAUCUAAACUAGAUAAAGAUAACAUCAUUUUAUAGAGAUAAUUUUAAUAUCACUGUUGAGUAAAACUAUUUUGAAUACAAAAACGAUAUACUCAUAUGUUUAUUUAUAAAUUUUUCUUUCUUAAAGACAAGACUUGUUCAAAUAAUUCAAUCUGAUAAAAAAUAUUCUUUUAAAUCAAUAUGCAAAUAAAAAUCAAAGUUGAAAAAUAUAGAAAGAAUAUAUAACUCACAUUAUAAUGAUCGACAUAAUUUUUUGUACAAAUUUUUGAACCACUUAUAAUUUCAGGAUAAUUUUUGUAUUGCGUUACUAUUUUCUGAUCUCUGUUAUUAUCACUUCAAAAAAUUCUGUUAGGCUAGAUGGUAAGUAAUUCUAAUUUUGAAACAAAGGACAAAAUCUUCGUACUCAUUGUUUUACAUUAACUUACAAUUAGAUAAUUUGUAAAAAAUAAUUCUUUCAUUCAAAGUGUGUAUAAUAAGUGAACUUGGAGCUGAAAUGUAUAAGUAAAAUUAAGACCAAUGAAAAUAUCAAACAUAAAUGUCUUUCAUCCAAGAUAAAGAUUGAGAUAAUAUAUCUUGUUUGGAUUACUUCGUGUAAAUAUAUUGUAUAUAUGUAUGUAUGUGUAUAUGUAUAUAUAUAUAUAUAUAUUUGUAUGUAUAUAAAUGUAUAUAAGUAUAUAAUAUAUGUAUAUGAAUAUA